AUGUCACAAAACAUCUACGACAGGCAGGAUUUCUUCACUGCCUACUCGGAAAUCAUUGACCGGUCCGGGCGCAAGGAUCUCGACAACGACGUCCUGUGGAAGCGCCUUCGCACCCUCUUACCCGCGUCCGUCGCCGGCUUCCACAUCCUCGAUGUCGGGUGCGGCUCGGGGUGGUUCGCGCGGUGGGCCGUAGACCACGGCGCCGCGUCCGUGACGGCCGUCGACAUUUCCCACAACAUGAUCGCCAAGGCGCGCGGCCUCAACGGCGACGACGCAUCCUACGCGGCCAGGAUUGACUACCGCAUCGCGGACCUCGACGCGGACCCGGCGGCGGGAAUCGUCGCCGGCCAGACGUACGACUUGGCGUUUAGUUCGCUGGCGCUGCACUACCUGGCGGGCCUGGGCGCGCUCGUCGCCGCGGUGCACCGGGCGCUCCGCCCGGGCGCCGUGUUUGCGGUCAAUGUCGAGCAUCCCGUGUACACGGCGCCGCGGCGGCCGCGCGUGGUGGCGGACGCGGCGACGGGGGAGCGGUCGUGGAAUUUUAGUGACUACUGGGACGAGGGCGAGCGGGUGGUGGACUGGCUGGCGCCGGGCCUGCGCAAGCAGCACCGGACGGUGCAGGGCUACUUGGAUGCAUUCCUCGGUGCUGGGUUUGACCUGACGGGGUUGAUUGAGCUGCUCCCGACCAAGGAAGAGGCGGAAGCUGGCGAGUUUAGCGAGGAGGAAUUGCUGCGACCACUUUUUCUGAUGAUGGGUCUCAGAAAACGCCUGUGA